GCGCUACGUGAACGCCAACGUUUAUGAAUUAAAACAUCAUCAUUAGCGUGAAAAUUAGUGUUGUGACGUUUCUGUGUUGUGUUCCGGACCCGUCUGUUCAAGUGUUGAUGGACGUUCCAGUGAUUUUGAUUUAGGAAAAAAAUCGGCGGUUUUGUGUCAAUGCACUUGUGAAAGUAUGCGAGCCAGGAUAAAUAAACAGGAGAAUGAAACCACCGAUACAUCGGAUGCGGAGUACCUAACUAUUUUAUAAUGUUGGAUAAAUUGAAAAAUGGUCAAGAAGUCCGCUCUCAUGGUUGAGAGGAAUCGCUUGCAAACAGUUUUCUCGUUUUUGUUGUUUUCUUUAUGUUGGACCGUCUCCACCUCCUACUUGUUGCUAGUAGACAACAUCCAGCAACCAGGCGACGUGAUUUUCAACUCCUCCGUCUGGAAAUUGGGCUCAGAUCGAUUUUACAAAAUCAACACCAAACGGUCUGCACCGUUUGUGGAGUCGCUCCUGAAAGUAGAUCCCAGAAAUGGACAAAUAUCACUCAUCGAAGGUCUGCAAUGUGACGGAUUGUACUACCCCAAUUUAUUCACUGUCCACAUUGACUCGACAUCGAAUAGACUGACAGACAUAGAUUAUUAUAGCCUACCGUUAAGGAUUUUUAUCAUUGGAAAAGACUGUAACGACCACGUAGAAGAAGAUUUAGAAUAUUUAGAUGAAUUCAGAAGAGAGAAACGUAGCCUAAGACCCAAAAGGAACAUCUUAGAUCCUAUAUUAAAUCAAGUUCAUCCUACAGUUAAGCAAAGAAUAGCCGAGGCCAAGCAAUGGGUGUCAGAGACGUAUGCUUCUUUUGCUAUACCAACCGCAGGAAAGUGGAGGAAGAUUUGCCUCAGGCAAUCUCAAUUUGUUAACUCCAUAACAGCUUUCCUGCCUCAAACCAUCAGCAAGUAUUGUAAGGUUCAGUUUCACUAUGUCAGCGACGAUCGGUUUGAAAUUGAGCACAGCCAAGGGGACCUGGUGGCGAGCAGAGACGUUUGCAUUGUGGAACCUCUCUGGAAAGUCUCCAUCUUGUUCACAACCCACUGCGAAGAUGUAAGGGUUCUCAAUUCCGAACAUAGACUGAAGAUCGUCUAUCACCAUCAGGAGUUUAAUGAUACGGAUAUAGCAAAGAGGGUGAGGAGGGAACUCAGGAAUCAGUCGCCGUUCUUCGAGCAACACCUGUAUGUGGCCAGUGUGUUAGAGGAAUGUGAUCCCGGUGUGGUGGUUACUACUGUAAAGGCCCGCGAUCCUGAGAACAGCCCCAUAACGUACUCCAUGACCAGCCUUUUAGAUUCCAGGACUCAGUCCAUGUUCGACAUUGAUUCAAAGACGGGUGUUGUGACUACCAAAGUCAAACUGGAUCGGGAACUGGUGGACGUGCAUUAUUUCCGAGUCACCGCUCUUGACGACUCUUUUCCACCCAGGUCGGGCACCACGAUGUUGCAAAUCAACGUGUUGGACGCCAACGACCACUCUCCAGUUUUCGAAAUGAAUGAGUACGACGCUAGUGUCAGGGAGGGCGUUAGUGUAGGCACCACAGUGAUUACACUGAAAGCUACCGACCAGGAUAUUGGUAAGAACGCUGAAGUGGAGUACACCAUCAGGAGCAUCAACGGCGGAGGCACAUCCACCGAGGAGGAAGACAGGCACGCAUUUAAAAUCGAUUCUAAAACUGGAGUCAUCACCACCAGAACCAAUUUGGAUCGAGAGACGACGGAAGUUUACACGUUAAUUGUGGGUGCGACCGAUCAGGCGAGUCCGCCGUCGGCAAGGAGGUCUUCAACUGCCAGUGUUGUUAUACAUAUCCUAGACGACAACGAUAAUUAUCCUCAGUUCUCUGAAAGAACCUACACCGUAUCACUUAAUGAAGAUAUCAGCUGGACGGACAAUCCAGUAAUAGCACAUAUCAAAGCAACUGAUGCGGACCAAGGCAAUAACGCAGCAAUACGCUACGCAAUAAUCAGUGGCAACACCCAGUCACAAUUUUCCAUAGACAGCCUCACUGGUGAUGUGUCCCUGGUAAAACCCCUCGACUAUGAAACCCUCAGGAACUACAGGUUGGUAAUCAGGGCACAAGACGGAGGCAGUCCGGCCAGAUCCAACACCACUCAACUCCUGGUCAACGUGAAGGAUGUGAACGACAACGCUCCAAGAUUCUACACGUCACUAUUCCAAGAGAGCGUCCUAGAAAACGUGCCUACGGGAUACAGCAUAGUCAAGGUCCAAGCUUAUGAUGCGGACGAAGGACAAAACGCCGAAAUUAAGUACUCCAUUGCUCCCAGAGAUGCUACUGGAGGUAGCACGGAGGAUCUACCUUUAUCGGUGGACUCUCACACCGGAUGGAUUGUCACCACGAAGGAUUUGGAUAGGGAAGAUCAAUCCAAAUUCAUGUUUCAGGUCAUAGCAACCGAUCAAGGUGUUCCACCACAAUCGGCCAGCGCCAGCGUUAUCAUUACGGUGCAGGACGUCAACGACAACGACCCAAUAUUCGAGCCUAAGAUCUACGAGUCCGUGAUAGCCGAGGAUGAUUCCCCGGGCACCCCAGUGGCCACGGUCACCGCCACAGACCCCGACGAAGACAGCAGACUGCAUUACGAAAUCACCAACGGCAACACCAGGUCUCGAUUUGCCAUAACGUCUCAGAAUGGGCGAGGACUGAUCACCAUAGCCCAACCGUUAGACUACAAACAGGAGAAAAGAUAUAUAUUGACCGUCACCGCCGCCGAUUCCGGUGGACGGUCGGAUACUGCGACGGUUUACGUCAACAUAACUGACGCCAAUAAUUUUGCUCCCGUUUUCGAAAAUGCCCCCUACACUGCCAGUGUGUUUGAGGACGCAGUUGUUGGUACCACCGUUCUGGUGGUGUCAGCCAAUGAUAAUGAUGUGGGUCUCAAUGCUCAAAUUACUUAUUCACUGGGGGAAGAUACUGGCGAAACAGAUCCGGCCUUCUCCAUUAAUUCACAGACUGGCGCCAUUGUGACCACCAAGCCUUUGGACAGGGAAACAAUUAGUGGGUAUUUGCUGACGGUUACAGCUAAAGAUGGGGGAAAUCCUCCACUAUCCGAUACCACCGACGUCGAAAUAACUGUGACUGACGUUAACGAUAAUUACCCAGUUUUCAAACAACCUUCUUAUUCCGGAAGCGUUUUGGAAGACGCUUUAGUAGGAACGUCAGUUGUUCAAGUAUCAGCGACGGACGCCGACGUUGGCUUGAAUGGCAGAAUCCGAUACACACUAAGUGAAAAAGAUCAAGAAGACGGUUCCUUUGUAAUAGACCCAACGAGUGGUGUAAUCCGUACAAACAAAGGCUUAGAUCGCGAGUCCGUAGCGUUCUACGAGUUGGAAGCCUACGCUAUCGAUAGGGGUUCACCAACCCUCAGCAGCUCCGUCCCCGUCACCAUCAAAAUUGAAGACAUCAAUGACUCACCACCUGCUUUCGAUUCGGACAAGAUUGUCUUGUACAUUCCUGAAAACAGCCCAAUUGGAUCAACGGUGGGUGAAAUUUAUGCCAAAGAUCCGGAUGAAGGAGUGAAUGCGAUUGUACAGUACUCUAUUAUUGGUGGCGAAGAUUCCCAAAGCUUCUCACUGGUGACCAGACCGGGAUCUGACAAGGCGGAACUUUUAACCAUGACGGAGCUGGACUACGAAAGUGCCAAGAAGAAGUACGACUUGGUGGUAAGAGCAGCGAGUCCCCCGUUGAGAAGCGAUGCUCAUGUGGAAAUCAUCGUUACUGACGUCAACGACAACGCCCCAGUUCUUAAAGACUUUAACGUUCUCUUCAACAAUUUUAAAGACUGCUUUCCAACCGGGCCUAUAGGAAAAAUUCCUGCUUUUGAUGCCGACGUCACCGACCGACUCCACUUUAAAAUCCUAUCGGGCAACAACGCCAAUCUGGUAGCCCUCAACGAGUCUACCGGUCAACUUCAACUUUCCCCUCAAUUAAAUACGAACGUACCAAAAAUGGCCUCCAUGGAAGUCUCAGUUACUGACGGUAUAAACGAAAUCAAGGCCAUAAUGCAGCUCGCAGUCAGGUUAAUAACUGAAGAAAUGCUUUUCAAUUCCAUAACGGUGCGACUGAAUCAAAUGACCAAAGAAGCGUUCUUGUCGCCGCUUCUGGGAUUCUUCGUGGACGGAUUGGCGGCCAUCAUACCGUGCCCCAAGGAAAACAUAUUCAUAUUCAGCAUCCAGGACGACACAGACGUCAGCGCCAAGAUCUUGAACGUAAGCUUUUCGGUGCGAAGACCGGACGUGCCCAAAGAGGAGUAUUACUCACCGCAAUUUUUGCAAGAGAAAGUGUACUUGAAUCGUGCCAUAUUAGCGAGACUAUCGACGGUGCAGAUAUUACCGUUCGAUGAUAAUCUGUGCGUGCGGGAGCCUUGCCUGAAUUACGAGGAGUGUCUCACGGUGUUGAAAUUCGGAAACGCAUCUGGCUUCAUUCACAGCGACACCGUGCUUUUUAGGCCCAUUUAUCCCGUUACUUCUUUCACCUGUCAAUGCCCGAAAGGGUUCACCGGGUCCAAGGAGCACUACCUGUGCGACACGGAAGUAAAUCUUUGCUACUCGUCGCCGUGCAAGAACAAUGGUACUUGCAAAGUCAGGGAGGGAGGUUACACCUGCGUUUGUCCGGCCGGUUUUACGGGGGAUAAUUGUGAAAUUAAAUUAGGGAAGGAUGUUUGCAAGCCGACCGACUGCAGGAUUGAUAAAACUUGCAAUCCGAAGGCUGGACGAUCCACUUUUAUGUGCGAGGAAUGUACUUUGGCGGCGGAAAUGGAACACUAUACUUCGAUAUGUCAGCUGAAAAGCAGAAGUUUUACGAAACUGUCGUUUCUUACCUUCCCCAGUUUGAAGCAAAGACAUCGUCUUCAUAUUAAAUUGAAGUUUGCUACUCAGGCUCAAAAUGGGUUGCUGUUGUACAAUGGAAGGUACAACGAACAACACGACUUCAUUGCUUUAGAAAUUGUCGGGGGUUCGGUGCAGUUUUCAUUUUCGUUGGGCAGCCAGGUUACCAAGGCGACGGCGUCUAUUCCUAAUGGCGUUUCUGAUGGCAAUUGGCAUUCUGUUACAGUAAAUUAUUAUAACAAGACUGCUACAAUAUCAAUUGACGAUUGUGACACAGCCCUAGCAUUAAAGUAUGGCUCAGAACUAGGUGGUAAAUGGCAGUGUGCUGGAUUUGCUGAACAUAAGUUGGAAUCAAGAUGCGCCUCACUUACCGAGACCUGUCACAGAUUUUUAGACCUAACAGGACCAUUACAGUUGGGAGGCUUGCCAGGAUCCUCCGCUCAUUUCCAAAUCAAUAACCACAAUUUUAUUGGAUGUAUAUCCGACCUACAAAUAGACUACAAAUUCGUCGACCUUAAUACAUUUGUUACGGACAAUGGGACUACAGCAGGUUGUCCAGAGAAACGAUCAUUUUGCACCUCAAGACCGUGCAAAAAUGGAGGACAAUGUGAAGAAGGGUGGGCCAUGUACAAGUGUAAAUGCCCCCAGGGAUUCGGAGGAAGAGACUGCAGCGAAAAAAUAAGCAACCCUUGGCAUUUUGCUGUUAACGGAAAAUUAUCGUUUAACCCCUUACUAAGACCCAUCCAGCUGCCUUGGUUGAACGCAAUUUCCGUCAGAACAUUGCAAAAGGACACCUUUUUGAUGUCUAUCCAAGUUGGUCAAAACAGUUCAGCCGUUAUUUCAUUAAAUGAGGGUUAUUUGUUGUACACCUACAAUGGGGACUCCUUGAGCCUCACCUCGAAACUAAUAGCGGACGGAGAAUGGCACCACAUUGAAGUAACAUGGAUAGGCACCGAAAUCAAAUUGCAGGUGGAUUACGGCGAAUACACCAAAACGGAGCCUUUCGUCGAAAAGAUCCAAGGCUUGUAUGUGGGAAAAAUACUGAUCGGUGGCCCGGACAACACCUACUCCAGCGUCAAUGCCGGUUACAACUAUUUGGAGGGUUGCAUCCAAGAUGUCCGGAUUGGAAACCGGCAGACCAGCUUGAGUGUUCCCACCGUGAAAGAAAACGUUGAAGACGGCUGUUUCUCGCUCACGGAGUGUCAGGUGGAGUGUACCGAAUCGUCGCAGUGCGUGACGGAAUGGGGGAAAUCUUACUGCGAUUGCAACAAGGGGUUCGUUGGACCGUUAUGUAAGCCUGUGUGCUCGGUGAAUCCUUGCGAACACGGGGGUAGUUGCGUGGAAGAUUCAUCUUUAGACAAAGGGUAUAAAUGCUCUUGUAAUUCUACUGAGUACUCAGGAGAAUAUUGUGAAAACGAAAUGGCACAACCUUGUCCGGCCAGUUGGUGGGGUUAUCCAGUUUGUGGCCCUUGCCAUUGCGACGUAGAAGCGGGUUAUAAUCCAGAUUGUGAUAAGGAUACAGGAAAAUGUCAUUGUAGAGAAAACCAUUACCAACCAAAGGGUACUACCAAAUGCUUGCCCUGCGAUUGCUACCACAUUGGAUCCUAUAGCACCCAAUGCGACCACGAAACUGGGCAGUGCAGAUGCAGGGAUGGAGUUAUUGGACAAAAGUGUGACUCCUGCCCCAACGCAUACGCAGAAAUAACCCUCAAAGGAUGUGAAGUGAUUUAUGACGGUUGUCCAAGAUCCUCCUCGUUUAACAUUUGGUGGCCAAGGACUCCGUUUGGACAAGAAGCAAUCGAAAAUUGUCCGAAGGGAUCAUUUGGCAAGGCUUCGAGAAGUUGUGACAAUGAACUGGGUGGAUGGCAAGAACCUGACAUGUUUAACUGCACCUCACAACGAUUCGUCGAAUUAAGAGACCAAUUAUCGAAUAUCGAAAAGGGCGAAUUACAGCUUAACACCUUCGUUGCUAUCAAAUUGGCUCACGAUUUAAAUAAAGCCACAAACCUCACUAAAAAUUUGUAUGGUGCAGAUGUUUUGGUCACAUAUGAUCUGAUCAAAGAACUUCUCACCUAUGAAUCUAGAAUGCAUGGGUUGAACCUUACACACAGUCAAGACAAAGAUUAUAUUUAUAAUAUCGUUCAUUCAAGCAAUGUCGUUUUGACUGAAGAAUAUGCAGAGCAUUGGCAAAAAAUCAAAAAGUUAACCGGCGACAGUACAGAACAAUUAAUUGACUUAAUAGAAAAAUAUAUAGAUAUUUUAUCAGUCAGCCAACACGACACCUACACCAGUCCCUUUGAAAUAGUUUCACCAAACAUGGUAUUGGGACUAGAUGUAGUUACUCCAGAAUCCCUCUACGGUUAUGAACCAGAUGUAGGACCUUCACAUCUGGGAGAUCAAUCUUAUACAACAGAACGAGUAAUUUUACCUGACACCUCAAAUUUCCUGCAGGACAACAAAAUACCUCACUCCCAAGGGCCAAUGGUGUCAUUCCCCAAAUACAACAACUAUUUAUUGGACAACAGCAAAUUCGAUCAGCACACAAAAAUAUUAGUACCCCUAAAACUGCUUGGCAUUCAGCCUGUAGAAUCGGGAGAAUUGAUUACGAAACAUUCAUUGCCAGUUGAUGGAGCAGUUGUCAGUUACGCACAAUAUAAACAAGCCGGCUCGUUACUACCUCAAUCCUACCACGAGUCGAUCAUGAGGCGAUGGGGUGUCGACGUGGUAAUCGGAUCCCCUCUCAUUUCCGUAAGCAUUUUAGUGCCCGAAUACGUCGAGGCUGUGGCCAAACCAACGCCCCCAGUGAUAUUUGAAGACAUAAAACUGCCGGACGCCGAAAUCCAGAAAUGGAAUAAAAAGGUGUACGUUGAGCCCGAUGUGAAAGUCCACGAGAAUGAAGCCUAUUUGCGUAGUGAAGUGGGGAGGAAAAAGAGGGAUAGAAGUCUCACAAAGAAGUUGCUUUAUAGGAGUUUGGCUGGUGUUUCUUUGGCAAUGCCUAUCCGGUUACAAAUUUGGUUGGACUCUAAUUACACGGUGUUCAAUGAAAGAUCCAAUCCUCAGUGUGUCCACUGGACUACUGCGAGAGGGUUUGGCGAGUGGACGAGGGUGGGAUGCAGGACGGAGCUGAAUGAGAAUUGGUUUGACAAAGACAGCAACGAACCGUUACUUGUGAAUUGUACUUGUAACCACUUGACAACUUUUGCUGUUUUAGUAGAUGUCGUAGACUUAGAGUACAUACCCGAACCGUCGUUAAUAGAAAACAUCACGAGCUACAGUUGUUUCUGCCUGUCACUGCCUUUGCUGUUAGCAACUUAUCUGAUUUUGGCCCUAAUACGAGGAUUGCAAACCAAUUCGAAUACGAUCAGAAAAAACCUGGUACUUUGUGUGUUCCUUGCGGAACUGUUGUACUUUAUCGCAUUAAAGGCACAACGACCUAUGGUUGCUAAUGAGUUUACAUGUAAAUUGGUGGCUAUUGGUCUUCAUUAUCUUUGGCUGGCUUCGUUUGCCUGGAUGUUGGUGGAUGCAAUUCACUUGUAUCGGAUGCUGACUGAAAUGAGGGACAUCAAUCAUGGCCCAAUGAGAGUUUACUACAGCAUGGGAUAUGUAGUACCAGCAGUUGUUGUCAGUCUCUCUGUAGGUGUUAGAGCUCACCAAUACGGAAAUUACUACUUCUGUUGGGUCUCUUUAUAUGAGAGUGUGGUGUGGAGUUUAGUUGGACCAGUAUGUUUGUUGAUUGUCAUCAAUUUCUUUGUGCUGGUGCUGUCCAUAAGAGCUGCAUUUACAUUACAAGAUCACGUUUUAGGAUUUGGAAAUCUCAGGACUCUCUUGUGGGUCUCAGUAAUAGCUCUACCAUUAAUGGGGGCGACUUGGGUCCUAGCCCUGUUGGGAGGUUCUGAAAAACAUCCACUUUUAACGCCCUUUUUAUCAGCUGCUGUGUUGGUACAUGCAGCAUUUUCUCUAGCGGGGUACUGCUUUGCAAACCAAAGAGUCAGACAAAACCUAUUCAGAUCAAUUAUGAAAUGUAUGGGAAAGAAAGUGCCACUUCUAGAAACUACAUCAGUGGUGGGAGUACCCAGUACCAGCAGUCAAAAUCUUAACGCCCAAUCGAGAUCCGCUCUGGCGUACCAUUCAAGUAUGGAUCCAAACCGAAGAAACAUAGGAAUAUCAACGUCGAGUACAACCAGCCGGUCUACAACCAAGACCAGCUCUAGUCCGUACCGCAGCGAUACACAUUUACGUCACACCUCGACCUCCACCUCCAAUUACAACUCCACAAGUGACGUGCCCUCAUAUAUGCGAGGCUUCGAACAAGAGGGCCUUCACAGGCACCGUGAACUACCCGAAGAAGGCGAACGUAGGGAACGACGAGGUGACAGCGAUUCAGAUUCUGAUGGUUCCGAGGGCAGAAGUCUGGAUCUGGCGUCGAGUCACUCUAGCGAUGAUGACGAAUCAAGUACCAGAAGACACAGGACCAGAAAUAAUGGUUCUAGUAGACAGGGUUAUUUGCCCAACAUUACGGAACACGUGGUUUCUAGAUGCGGUACUCCACCAUCAUUGAACGUCGUUACUAAUUCCCAACUGUUCCCUGCUGUGCAGCCGUCAUACGGGUCCAGAUGGUCCAGUCAGCUUCCCGAGGCUUAUCUUCCUAAUCCAAAUGUUCCUGAGAUUGGUCGAUGGUCACAAGAAACUGGUUCAGACAACGAGUUCUGCCAUAAAACCGGGUCACCAAAUCCCUUACCAAAUCCCGAUGUAACACCGGAAACUUGUUUGCCCAUUCAGUCUGAGCAGUUCAUGGUGCGGACACACUAUGACAACCAUUACAACCCGAAUAGUACGAUGUUUAAAGGGGAAUACAUGCCCAAAAUGAUGCCGCAUGAGAACAUGAACUACCAAGAGUAUGCCGAUAGAUGUUCCGACAUUGACGACAAGCAUCACAUGAACGACAAGUAUCUAUUCCCAUAUACAGCUGAGGAGGACCACGUCCCCAUACACAACAACUACAUGCAUCCCUCCCAUCCAUCCAGCCGCAUGAUGUCCCCGAUCACGAACGACAUCAAUAAUCCCGGCAUGGAUUACCAUCACGGUUCCCACGUCGGUUCCCGCAUGGGUUCAGUGCUGGGUUCUAUACACGGGUCGCAUUGCGGAAGCAUGCGGGGCUCCCCGUCACCCCUUAUGCCUCCCGUCAGCAUGAUACACUCGGGACAUCCGCCGGAACCGCCCCAGUGGUGUUGGGAGUAUGGCAUUAACAAAUAAGCUUUUCUAUGGGAUAUUUUGGAUCGACGAGAAAAAUGAAGAAACAUCUGUAUGAUGGAUAUAUUUUUUAAUGAAUGUACAAAUUACACAUAUUUAUUGUUGUAUAAUUCUUGUCCUAAGUUAGUUUUUACACUGUAGUUGGUCAACACACACACCCCUAUUCAUAAACCGGACGUUUUGGAAUUGAAUGGAGCCUCCUUGUGUAAUUUACCUAGAAAAUACUCAUUUCAAUCUACCAUCCUCUUUAAGACUGUGUGAAACAAUCUGAUAUUCCGAAUUUAUUUAGUAUCUACAGAGCUUUAUAUAUUGUAUCUAUCGCACUAUAAAAAGACUAUAGCACUCUGGACAAAAAAUAGUAUUUAUAUUUACAUUAUAACUGUAUAUAUGAAAUCUUGUGCUAGAAUUAAAGAAAACUACUUAAACUCUCAGAUAAUUAUAAUUUAAAUUACAUAAUCCGAAGAUUUUAAUGAUAUUUUCCCGAAGUAUCACCUAUAUUGUAUGAUAAGAUUGUUGAAUAAUAAUAUUUGGGAUGAUAAAAUUGGUAAUUAGCGUUGCUUCAACUCACUUGCAAACUGUAAGUACAUCUUAAAAUAUGACAAAGGACACAAAAUCAAAAACAUAUAGAUUUACAAUUCACAAACGUGCCUUAAAAGGUAUUGGAAAAUAUUUUUUGCCGAAUUUUUUUUAGUAAACUUUAUGAAUUAUAAAAAAAUUGAAAAGCCCAACAUAUUCAGCCAUUCUUGGGCCAUGUCGUUCCAUUUAUUUUAUUCAACAAAUUUAUGGUAGGUAAAAUAGUUUAAAAUAUACUUCUAUUAUUACCAAUAAAUCGCACUUAAAUAGAUAUUAAAACGAAUGUAGGCCAUAAAAUUUCAUAAACAUUCUAUGUAUGUGAUAUUUUAUUAAAUUUUCGUACUAUAAAUCUCAACAUUCAAUUUAUGUACAUAUUUUCUGUAGAAUACUUUUAUUAAAUAAGCCCAAAUAUUGUAUAUUGUUUUUAAUUAUGCAAUGUGAAAAUGUAAUAUUUAGUAAGUAUUUCAUAAUAUUAUUAAAUAUUUUUAAAUACAUAUUAAAUAUCAUUGGUAAGCCCAAAUAUGUUUUAAAUUUUGUCUCUAUUAAUGUUUUGUGUAGAAGAAUCACCCCGAAUUGUAUAUUUAUUGUAAUUUAGUUAUCGUAGUAUUUAAAAUAGGUUUUGUAGAUUUUUUUAGCCAUCAGAGAAGAAGACUUCAAAAAUUACGUUGUAAACGGUUUUAUUAAGAUUCGCUAAUUAUUGUUUAUGUAACGUAAAAACCCUGUGCCUAAAAUGCUUUUUACAUUUUCUUGUUUUAACUUAUGUAUAAAGUAUUCGUAUUAAAUGUAUGUAACAUAAGUUUAAUUUGUAAGAUCUCAAUAAUUAAUGUAAGCAAUUUUUGUAAUCUUUUUCAAUUCUUGAUAACAAUUUAUGUUCCAGUUUUUAUACAUUCCUUCUUUUUAGCUGUGCAAUCUUUACAUUCCAUAUUGUACUUUUUUAUACUCAAACAUUGUGAUUUUUUAUUA